AUGACGCGAGUCAGGAUUCCAAUGCCAUCCAACCAAGAGCACGACACCAUCGGCAACUCGCCAACUGCCGCCGUUAGACAGGCCGGCUUGGACAACAAUCAGGGUGGAUUGCAGGCUGUCACUCGUCUGUACACCCAGCUUGGCCGUCAUCGCAGUGCAUGGCUCUGUUUACAGGCCCAGAGAGCCCAUGUCAUGCAAGAAUAUCAGAACGGGCGCCGAUUCUUCGAGGACUCCAUGAGCUUGGUCUGCGACGUCCUUGCUACAGACAAUUCGAUAGAUGGUGAGGAUUGGGACAGUGCCAAAGCACAGCUUCUUGAGGAUGGUAGGACAAUUCGCGCAAGGUCAGAGUCGGUUAAAGAGGUCGAGAAAAGGAUCGCUUCAGUUGAAUGGGCCAUUGGACAAGUCGAGUCGCAAAUUAUGACCGGGUUGAUGAGGCUCGUGCCAGAAAUGCCAUCGGCAGCGAAAUGGGUGAGUGACUUGAGGGAAUCGUCCACGGAUGAUGAAAGCUGCAGUCCUUCUCCAAGCCCAAUGUAA